GGAGCAAAAUUUGAAGUUAUGAGUAGCGUUUACAUGUUUUGUUUGUCAACGUUCUGUUAGGAUUGUAAGCUUACGAGUCCUUUCUUUUAUUAAUAUAUAUGAUUAAUUUGAUUUAAAUUAGCAAUUUAAGAGUAAUGAUGGGCAAAAGAGGAAAAAAGUCUCAAAGAAAGGUCAUACAUCUCCUUUAUCGGAAAAAAAAUGUACCACCACUUUCCCAACUGCUAACUAUUACUUCACAAGCAAAAAAGAUUAAAAAUCUUGUACAAAAUAAUCGAGCUCUCGCUUUUGCUGCCCAUGAAGCUCGGUCCGAAGUAGCCACAUAUAAAAAUAUGCUUCAGGAUUAUUUCAGAGAUAGAAAUCAAAUUCUGUUUGCUCAACUGAAGAUUAAGGAUAUGGCUGAAACAAUUAAAAAGCUGGUUUCAGAUUUAGAAGACGUCUCUGCUUGUUUGAACUUAUCAAGCAAGGACAUUUUACCUACACAAACUGAUUAUAUUAAAAACAGAAGUAAAGUAACUUCACUGAGCACUAUUAAAGAAGCAGAUUCUUCGUUAUCAGAAGAAGAAAGCUUUUCUCCAUUAGAAGAAGGAAAAGACUGUACUCCAUUCGAGGGCAUUCAGGAAAAUUCUUAUAAUGUGGAAGACAGAAUUUUAAAUACUGAUUCAGCAUCUUGUCCUGUGUAUUCUGAAAGUGUUAAGCAGAAUGCAUCUGAAGAACUAAUAGUCAAUAAGGAAGAAGGAAUUUCUCCAUCACUAGAGAAACAAUCAAAUACUGUAGAUGUUUCAAUGUCACAGCCUUCUUUAGUGGCCAGUAGGAAAAGUAAAAGGUGUUCUGAAGGAUGUGCACCUGAAGGUGAAAAGUCUGCUUUUGCUAAUAUUGAAAAUUCAAAUGGAUUUAAUAAAGCAGAAUUACUAAAGGAUUAUCCAAGGAAAUUGAAAAGCGACGACUCUUACUUAUUUAAGAAACCCAUUUUCUUUGAAACAAAUCUGAAAACUUCAAAAAUACCGAUUUUUAUGCAGUCUAAAGAAGAUAAGAACAAAUUAACUGAAAAUUUUAAAAUACCAAGGGAAAAAGAAGAUCGAAGAGAAACUUUCGUUAUCAGUUCCUGUAAAGCGAAUGCUCCAGAGAGUAGUAUUUCUUCAAACCAGAGAAGAGGUACUUUUGUAAUAGCUCAUCCAGAAACAUCAAAUUCCAGUAUAUUGGACAGAAGAGGUACUUAUGUUUUAUCUUCACCUGAACACAAUAUAGUAGACAGAAGAGGUACUUAUGUUUUGUCUACUUUUGAUGAACAGAGUGCCAAGGCUGUUGAUAAACCAGCAGAAUCUAAUCUUUCUCAUAAGAAAACCUGUGAAUCUACCGUUUUAAAUAAUACAAUUUUGCUGCCUGAAGAUAUGGAACUGACUGAAGUUAUCACUUUUACUAAUACAUUUCCAUCUAAAAAUAAUGUAGAUGGUUUGGAAACUUCUAUUUCUCCUCCAUCUGUAACUCUAGAUACAAAUAAAGAUAUACUGCUUCGUGACGAAAUACAACCUAUAGGUGCAUCAGAAAGAUCUGCAGAUAAAUUUGUGUCCCAAGAAAAUAAUUCUUUUGAAACUAGCCUUAUAUGUAAAAAUGGAAGUGCGCCAACUGAAAAUGAAGACUUGGAGAAAGGCAUUUUUUCAGAUCACAGUACAAAAGCAAAACAGUCUCGAAAAUCUGCAAAACAGUCUCGAAAAUCGAAAAAGUCUGCAACAAAGAAAUCUAUACCAGUGAAAUACCUAGAAGACUGUAAUUCUAGUGAAGUACUUGAGAAGCCUGCUUCUGAAAUUCUAGAAAAGGAAACUACAUUUUUGAGUGGUAUUUGCGCAUUAGAUCCUAUUGCUGUUAUACAAGCAGAGUCUGCAACAAAACCUCGCUUGUCUCAACAAAGAAAAGUACGAAAAUCUGUUGCUUUGUACAAAAAAGAAAGUAUUUCAAAACUCCUAGAAGGAAAAGAUGAUCUUAAUUCUGAGGUGCAAAUUGUAGGAAAAGAUGCUGCAUUACAAAAUUCUCAGUGUUCAGAAACUAAAAAACCGAAUGUUAGUAAAUCUGGUAGUUUGCGUGAUAAAAAAUCACUUGUUGAAAGUUCAAAAGAAGAAAGAGAUUACUCUCAUCAUGGUUUACAACAUAAAAGAGAAAACGUUCUAGAAAAAUUCAUAUCCGAGGAAGAAAGAACCUGCAUGCCUGAAACCUUAGAUGAGGGAAUAUCCCCAGUUAUUCCCUUAGGUCCUAGAGUUUCAAAACGAUGCAAAUCUGCUCAAAAAUAUUCUUUAUACUUUACAUCUGAUUCAGAAUCUAAUUCAACUUCAGAUGAAGAGUUUAUUUUGAAACCCAGAAAAGUGAAGGAUAAAAGAAUAGAAUGCAUCUUACCAAAAGAAGCGAUAGAAAGUGAAAAUAAAACCUCCAAAACAUCACGCAUUGAAAAAUCUCUAAGCAAAUCUGCUAAAAAAUCUGAAGUAGCUAAUAAUCAGGAAACUGUUUCUGUACCUCAAAUUAAUGAUACAAAGGAAACUAAGGAAAAGGAAGUGAUAGAAAGUGAAAAUAAAACCUCCGAAACAUCACACAUUGAAAAAUCUCUGAGCAAAUCUGCUCAAAAAUGCUCUGAAUUUUCAUCCGAUUUAGAAACUAGCAUAACUUCAAAUGAAGAAUUAAAUAAAGAGCCAGAAAACCCAGUAAAAGGAAAAGCAUGGUGUAUUCAACCGAGAAGGGUGCUAACAGGUAAAAAUAAACGUCAAUUUAUUUUUAGGAAAAGGACAAGUCCCAUGCCUUCUAAUGACGAAACAAAAAAUAAAAAAUUAGUGCUUGAUGAGAAAGAUGUUUUUCGUUUUUCAGGUUCAUUUGAAACCAGAAGUUCUAGUGAUGGUACACACAACAUGGUAGAAACUCAUAGAAACUGCCACUCCGAAGUAGCUAAUAAUCAGAAAACUGUUCCUGUACCUCAAAUUAAUGAUACAAAGGAAACUAAGGAAAAGGAAGUGAUAGAAAGUGAAAAUAAAACCUCCGAAACAUCACACAUUGAAAAAUCUCUCAGUAAAUCUGCUCAAAAAUACUCUGAAUUUUCAUCCAAUUUAGAAACUAGCAUAACUUCAAAUGAAGAAUUAAAUAAAGAGCCAGAAAACCCAGUAAAAGGAAAAGCAUGGUAUAUUCAACCGAGCAGGGUGCUAACAGGUGAAAAUAAACAUCAAUAUAUUAAUAGGAAAAGGAAAAGUCUCAUGCCUUCUAAUGACGAAACAAAAAAUAAAAAAUUAGUGCUUGAUGAGAAAGAUGUUUUUUGUUUUUCAGGUUCAUCUGAAACCAGAAGUUCUUCUAGUGAUGGUACACACAACAUGGUAGAAACACAUAGAAACUGCCACUCCGAAGUAGCUAAUAAUCAGGAAACUGUUUCUGUACCUCAAAUUAAUGAUACAAAGGAAACUAAGGAAAAAUUGCUCUCAAAUGAGCAAAGAAAAAGUAGGAUGACCAUAUCAUGGAAAAACCCUGCAAAAAUAUCAAUACGCAGUUCUUCUGAAGUCUUUGUAUUUACAGCAUCAGCAGAGAAUGAAGAGGAAGAUUUUGUUUUAAAUGAUGAAGAAAAGAAUAGAAAGGAUAAUAAAACAGAAAAUGACAGUGAUAAAAUAAAUCAUGACGUACAAGAAGAAGAAGUGAUAGAAAACCCAGCUGGUAAAUUUUCAGCAUUUGAUAAUGAUGAUGUACAAUCUCAAAAAAAUAAGACAAAAACAUCUUCAGGUAGAAAGAGUAUACUGACAACCAAGACUAAAAAUACAAAUCACAGAAAGGUAAGCAUUUCUACCAAACGUGUUAGUAUAUGUGAAAAUAUAACGUAUUUUGACCAGAAAGUAGACACUUCCAAGCCUCUCUCAGAAGCAAAACCUGUUAAAGUAGCGUCCAAAUUAAUCUCAGAAUUACAGUCUCGUGAAAGUACAGACGUUGCAGAUAUUGAGACUGGAGCAACUAAAUCAAAUUCCUCAAAUAAAUUAGAUUUAUUUCAAGACAGCCUUGAUUCAAAUGAAAGAUUAAUCAAAGCUGCAACAAGGAAAACGCCCAAAAGGUCUGGUAAGGUAAAACUUGGUAAAUCUGCCGCAAAAGAUUUUGUCGACCUAGGUGUUUUAACUACCACAAUAAACUGUAUUUCAGAUAAACAAGUAAAGGUUGAUGAAACCAAGGAAGAAAAUAAUUCAGCUUUUCAAAAAAAAAAGCCACUUUUUAAAGAUAACAUUGCAAAUUUACUUAAAGAUUUAUCAGAGAAGCCAGUAUCAGCUGAACCUGUUUUAAUUGGAACUAGCUUUGCCAAAAUAUCUAAAUCUACUGCCAAAUCUAAGACCAAAAAGUCCAAUAAUAAACAAAAAAAUGCUUUAUUCCAUGAUGAAAAUGUAUGCACAUUGAAUGUGGUAAAUCCUGAACUAAAACCAACUUUAAGUAAAGAUGCAAAAAGUGAUGCAGAAACCUACGAGAAAGAGAAUAAAUUUUUGCCCCUAAACAAGAAAAGCUCAUCAAAACAAGCUGUUGAUUUAUGCAAAGAUCUAGAAAAAAAUUCCAUAACAGCUGUCAAAGACAAAGAAAGUCGCUCCCUACCUGCAUAUAUUGCAAAUGAUUUGGAUCUAGUAGAUAAGCCAUCUAAUAGUACAGAUGAUAUGUCUCAAAGAUCACGACGAGCUAAGCCUAUUUCAUACAAAGAACCACGUCUAAAUGUUAAAUUACGAAGAAAUUUUUAAGAAGCUUCUGUUAUGGAACAUAGCGUACAUACCAUUACAAUGUACUGAUGAUGUAUCUCAAAGUUUGCUAACAGUGCUGCAAAUAUAUACAGUUCUUUACCUGUAUUGGGAAAAAAUAAGAAUUGGAAGAGCUCCUGGAUUUCCUUGAAUUUAAAUUCUAAUCUUGAAAGACUUCUGAAUUUUUUAAAUCCUUUAAAUAUGAAUAAGAAGACAGGGGUUCUAUUUAUAGAAGGGAGAAAGUGUAACUGAUUAUCCAGUUUGCAUCUAAAAAAUUAUAUGGAUUAUUUGGGUAUGUUCUUCAGUAUAUUGACCCUCAUUAAUUGUAUGAGAAAAAUUAAAUUACAAUUUUUAUGCAAAAUUUUGAAAAAGUUGACAGUAAAAGUUUUCUAGAAUAGCAUAUGUACAAACUGGUAUCUCUUAGAAAGUCCUAAACAAAAGCAUUGCUCCCUUAGGCAAUUUGCUGUUGUGUGCUUUGAAAGAUUCAAACAAAUUUUUUUCUCAAAUAGCAUCUGCUUGUUUUUUCCUGUUUCAGUUGUUUCUUUCUAUGUACAAAUCAGUGAAAAAUAAAGGAAAAUCACUGGAUCAAUUUAACGAUGCUUUAUUUUUUGCACAAAUACAAAGCUUUUAAUUGUAUUAUGCUUGAAAAGACCAUUAUACUGUCUUUGUUCAGUUUAGGUUAUUUUUGCUGAAUCCAGUCAAUAUUUAUAAAUGGAAAGGUUGGAAAUUGGAAGAAAAUGCUCAAAAAAGAAUAUUAUUCAGUUGCAUUAUAUGAUAGUUU